GGGUCAACAUACGGUCCGUUUAUUAACCAGGCCGUGCCUAGGCCCGAAGGCGCACCCCACAUGCUAACAUGGCACGGCCUGAUCGGUAAACGUGCUGUGCGAGGCCCGUUUGCAGCGGCCCGUGCCAGCCCGUUUGGCCAGGUAUGGCCCAACCAAGUGCUGGGCUGACUGCCUAAUCCAGGGCAACAGCACGACGUCCACCCAUUCCGCCCCCGCGUCCAACGAACCAACCAAAAUUGGCGCUGCUCCACCUAUCACGUCGCACCCGGCCGUUCCUUCCAUCCAAAACCCAAGGGAAACCCUCACGCUCUUCCCAAGGCCGAACAGAUAGCAUUUCCUCGAAUACAUCGCCUCGUCCUUCCUCCAUGGCCACCGCGUCGCUGUCCGCUCUGUCCUCGUCGGCCGCCGCCGCCGGCAGGCGCUUCGUCCUCUCCUCCCCGUCGCUCGCCUUCGCCUCCCGCCGCAUCGCCGCCCCAGCCCGCCUCCGCGCCGCCGUUCUUCCGGGGGAAAGGAGAUUCGCGGCGUCCGCGGCAUCGGCAUCCCCGGUCGUGGCCACCAUCGCGGUCGGCGACAAGCUGCCCGACGCCACGCUCUCCUACUUCGACCCAGCCGACGGCGAGCUGAAGACGGUGACGGUCGGCGACCUCACGGCGGGGAAGAAGGUCGUGCUCUUCGCUGUCCCGGGCGCCUUCACCCCGACCUGCUCGCAGAAGCACCUGCCGGGGUUCGUCGAGAAGGCGGGCGAGCUGCGCGCCAAGGGGGUGGACACCGUGGCGUGCGUCUCGGUGAACGACGCCUUCGUGAUGAAGGCGUGGAAGGAGAGCCUCGGCCUCGGCGACGACGUGCUGCUGCUGUCGGACGGCAACCUCGAGCUCACCCGCGCGCUGGGCGUGGAGAUGGACCUCUCCGACAAGCCCAUGGGGCUAGGCGUGCGGUCCCGCCGCUACGCGCUCCUCGCAGACGACGGCGUCGUCAAGGUGCUCAACCUCGAGGAGGGCGGCGCCUUCACCACCAGCAGCGCCGAGGAGAUGCUCAAUGCGCUCUGAGCCGCGCCUGCUCUGCUUCUUGCCUGAGUCGUGUCUAGUAGUGAAUAAUAAUCCGACGAACUGUUUCUCGUGUGAGCGUCCUUUGAUGCGUCGUCAUCGUGGAGAGGAUUUUGUUUUCUUUCAUUGAGCAUUGCGUGAUGUCCAUGUGCUCGAUGGAAUGACUUGAGUUUUUCAAGGCGUCGUACACUCGUACUUGUUCUUGCAUUGCCAGCGCUAAAGCCUGCGGGUUUGCUGAGAUGUUUACAAAGCUUGCGUACAAAAUCGCAUUGUGCUGA